AGAACAUUUUUGUCAGAUGAAUUCCAAAUUAAAGCUAUAAAUUAAAAUAAAAUGAGAUAUUUUGAGUAGAUGCACACAGCCAACAACACCAUCUUUUGGAGCAAGAGAGAGAGGCAGAGAAAGAAAGAGCAGAGCUUGAAGCAUGGCCAUGGCAAAUAAAUACGAAGAAGAAGAAGAAGCGGAGGAAAUUCAAAACUUCGCAAAGAGACUGAAAUGUAGCAGAUACGAGGAACAUCAAGAAGAAGAAGAAGAAGAAGAAGAGGAGGAGGAGAGCGAGCUGGCGUUGAAGCUAGGGAUGGUAGUUUACCCAAUGAAACCCGCAUCGUUUGUGGUCUCAGAUGCUCUGGAGCCCGAUGGUCCUAUCAUUUAUGUCAACAAAGUCUUCGAGACCUUCACCGGCUAUUGCGCCCACGAGGUCCUCGGUCGGAACUGUCGAUUCCUACAGUAUAGGGACCCUCAUGCUCAAAGACGGCAUCCUCUGGUAGAUCCUGUUGUUGUUUCUGAGAUUAGAAGGUGUCUCGAGGAAGGAGUUGAGUUCCAAGGCGAGCUUCUUAAUUUCAGGAAGGAUGGAACUCCCUUGGUGAAUAGGCUAAGACUGAAACCUAUACAUGAUGAUAAUGGAACUGUUACACACAUCAUAGGCAUUCAAGUAUUUUCCGAAGCAAAAAUAGAUUUGAGCAGUGUCUCAUAUCCAGUUUAUAAAGAGACAUGCAAUCAGCAGUAUGAUCAAUCUGGUAAAUAUUCUCUCAUGAGUGGACAAACACCUUUCACCCAGUAUCAAGAAAUAUGUGGGAUUCUUCAGCUCUCCGAUGAAGUCUUGGCUCACAACAUCUUAUCACGCUUGACUCCCAGGGAUGUGGCAUCCAUUGGUUCUGUCUGCAGAAGAAUCCGUCAACUAACAAAAAAUGAGCAUGUAAGAAAGAUGGUAUGUCAAAAUGCAUGGGGAAGAGAAGUCACCGGUACAUUGGAAUUGAUGACUAAUAAGUUAGGGUGGGGGCGUCUGGCCAGGGAACUGACAACUCUUGAGGCUGUUUGUUGGAGGAAAUUUACAGUUGGAGGUGCCGUGGAGCCUUCACGAUGCAAUUUCAGUGCUUGUGCUGUAGGAAAUCGACUUGUACUGUUUGGAGGGGAAGGAGUUGAUAUGCAGCCAAUGGAUGACACAUUUGUUCUCAAUCUUGAUGCUGCUGAUCCAGAGUGGCGUCGAGUAAGUGUGAAAUCAUCACCGCCAGGGCGUUGGGGCCACACUCUUUCGUGCUUGAAUGGUUCUUGGUUGAUAGUUUUUGGAGGCUGUGGGCGGGAAGGAUUGCUCAAUGAUGUUUUCAUUCUUGACUUGGAUGCCAAGCAGCCAACAUGGAAAGAAGUUUUUGGUGGAACUCCCCCGCUUCCUAGAUCCUGGCAUAGCUCUUGUACAGUAGAAGGGUCUAAAUUAGUUGUGUCAGGUGGAUGCACAGAUGCUGGGGUACUUCUUAGUGACACGUACUUAUUGGAUCUCACUACAGACCACCCAACAUGGAAAGAGAUUCCAACUUCAUGGGCUCCUCCCUCUAGGUUGGGGCAUUCACUUUCAGUUUAUGGUCGAUCAAAGAUUCUCAUGUUUGGUGGACUUGCCAACAGUGGGCACUUGAGGUUACGAUCAGGUGAGACUUACACUAUUGAUUUGGAAGAUGAAAACCCUCAGUGGAGGCAACUGGAGUGUAACGCGUUCACCAGCAUAGGCAGCCAGAGUGCUGUGGUUCCCCCUCCUAGACUUGAUCACGUUGCUGUCAGCAUGCCUUGUGGAAGGAUCAUUAUCUUCGGUGGUUCAAUCGCAGGGCUGCAUUCUCCUUCUCAGCUUUUCCUCUUGGAUCCUUCGGAAGAGAAACCAUCAUGGAGAAUUCUCAACGUUCCGGGGCAACCACCUAAAUUUGCUUGGGGUCAUAGCACUUGCGUGGUUGGCGGGACAAGGGUCCUGGUAUUGGGUGGGCACACAGGUGAAGAGUGGAUACUUAAUGACUUACAUGAGUUGUGCUUAGCAAGCCGGCAGGACUGAGACCUCUGAUACACUUAUUUUGAGUCUGGUCGGCCCAGCCAGCCAGGCAGCAGAGUUAGCAGAAUUACAUGAUUAUCUGCAGCAACCACUCUAGAAGAAAAUUUUGUUUCGUGAUCUGUGCAAGUUGAGUUUCUUCCUCGUAAGUUAUUGGCUUCAUUUUGCAUUGAAAUUGGGUGUUUUUAAAGUAUGUGUGCUGUUCAUGCUUAGAUUUGUACUGCAAUGUAUAAAGAUAACAUCAUGGUUUGUUAAUUGGGCUGUACAUUUACACUGCGAGCAUAGGAUGUGAAUGUGAGCCUCAUUAUUCUUUUUAUAAGGUUAUCGAAAUCCGUAUGAAGUACUGGGUUUUACAAUUUUGGAUUGAUUCAUUUCGUUGCAAAAGAUCAUUGAUGGAUUGAUUCAUGAGAUGGCCCUA